AUCAGUAUGGCGAGUUGAGAACGUGGAUCCCAGCAGGCAAGCCUAACUCUAUCCCAGCACUCAAAAGUUCGUCACAUUGGCAAAGGCUGUUAGUAAUCCUGUAAAAAAGACGAAUACCUCGAGAAAUACAAAUCAAAGUCGAGCAUGGACGGCUCCAAGGUGGGAUUCGUGGCCCGUCUGGACCGCCUUCUCCGCCGCUGGCUGCCAGGAUACAAUUUCAUACGCAACAGGCGCCGCUCACCAUCGGAAACCACAAUAGCCGGAGGAUCCUGCUCCGGUUCCGGUGGCCAUAACAUCCAGGUGACACGUGGAAAAAGAGUUGGCAGGAAGGGCAAGCAAGAAGUCUAUCUGGACACAGGCAUUGCCAAGUCGGAGUUCUGCACUCAAUUGGAGAUUCUUUUGCGCAACAAGCUGAUCAAAAAGCAGCAGGAGGAGAUGGCGGCUUUGGAACAGCAGGAAUAGGUCCACCAGAACGAGCAGGAUCCGCUCCAGCACUAAAUGGCGCUUUUGAGUUAUAUUGUUUAUUUCUUACUUUUCAUACCAACAACUCAAUCCAUCAAUCAAGGCGCCACAUUAAAAUUAAUUAGAAAUAAUG